GCAGCAUUCUGGGAGAGUGAUUUCUAGCAGCACAGAAUCCUUUGUGGUUCCGCAGCAGCUUCUGCAGCAGGGUGGCUGUUUGGCACCGGCUCUUUCAUUUUGGGCAGGUUCUGAGACUCAGAGCAAUCCCAGGCAGAUGCGGCGAACCAGCACUCUCCCACCAAGCCCAGGUGGGAGAAGAUAAAUCUUCUGCACAUUUAUCCUCCGUAUAGUAGUGAAGCAGCGCCCUGGAAAAAACGCUACUUUCACGGUCUUGGUACAUCUGAGGUGUGUCAUCCUGCUUUUGCACCGCCCACCCUUCCCGUUUUACACGGGGAGCCUGGAUUUUUUUUUUUUCGUCAGACUGUUGGACAGGAACGGAUUCUAGUGUGACAGCUUGGCACUUCCCUUCUGUUCGGUGCCGGUAGCUGCUUGUCAUGAAGAUGGUACAGUGGGAACCUGCGUCUGAAGAGCCAAGGAAGCUGAUGUGGAGAUGGAGUAGAGAUUGUUAGACAUCUGAACGUCCACACCUUGGGGAUGGGUUGCACCACCAGUGUGAUUCUCUUCAAAGGCAUCCGCACCGUUUUCGAGAGGAACUGUGCCUACAUGUGCAAGCAGCAAGGGGAAAGUAAUGCCCUUGAAUAUCCAGCAUACAGUUGGUCCAGAGAAGACUCAGAAGUAUUGAUCUCCUCCUGCCUGGCAAAGCCAAAGCUGAUCGAGCCGCUGGACUACGAAAAUGUCAUCGUGCAGAAGAAGACCCAGAUCCUGAAUGACUGUCUGCGGGAGAUGCUCCUCUUCCCUUACGAUGACUUCCAGACAGCCAUCCUGAGGCGGCAGGGGCGGUACAUGCGCUCCACGGUCCCCGUGAACGCAGAGGAGGAGGCACAGAGCUUAUUUGUCACUGAGUGCAUCAAAACCUACAACUCUGACUGGCAUCUCGUGACGUACAAAUAUGAAGAUUACUCAGGAGAGUUUCGGCAGCUUCCGAGCAAAGUGGCCAAGUUGGAUAAACUUCCGGUCCAUGUCUAUGAAGUUGACGAAGAGGCUGACAAAGACGAGGAUGCUGCCUCCCUCGGGUCUCAGAAGGGCGGGAUCACCAAGCAUGGCUGGCUGUACAAAGGCAACAUGAACAGUGCGAUCAGCGUGACCAUGAGGUCAUUUAAGCGGCGGUUUUUCCACCUGAUUCAACUUGGUGAUGGAUCCUACAAUCUAAAUUUUUAUAAAGAUGAAAAGAUCUCCAAGGAACCCAAAGGAUCCAUAUUCCUAGAUUCCUGCAUGGGUGUGAUUCAGAACAACAGAGUCAGGCGCUUUGCGUUCGAGCUCAAGAUGCAGGACAAAAGCAGCUAUCUUCUAGCAGCAGAUAGUGAGGCGGAGAUGGAGGAGUGGGUCACCGUUCUCAACAAGAUCCUCCAGCUCAACUUUGAAGCUGCAAUGCAAGAAAAGCGGAAUGGGGACUCUCAUGAAGAUGAUGAACAAAGCAAACUAGAAGGUUCCGGUUCCGGUUUGGAUAGCUACCUGCCUGAACUUGCUAAGAGCACCAGAGAAGCAGAAAUAAAGCUGAAAAGCGAGAGCAGAGUGAAGCUUUUUUACCUGGACCCAGAUGCCCAGAAACUGGACUUCUCACCCAUGGAGCCGGAAGUGAAGCCGUUUGCAGAAAAGUUUGGGAAAAGGAUUCUCGUCAAGUGCAAUGAUCUGUCUUUCAAUCUCCAGUGCUGUGUCGCUGAAAACGAGGAAGGACCCACUACAAAUGUUGAGCCUUUCUUUGUCACCCUGUCCCUGUUUGACAUAAAAUACAACCGGAAGAUUUCCGCUGACUUCCACGUAGACCUGAACCAUUUCUCAGUGCGGCAGAUGCUGGUCCCCACGUCCCCUGCCCUGAUGAACGGUGGUCAGAGCCCGCCGGCCUUCCAGGAUGCACUUCAGGCCACAGCCAUGCAGUAUCCAAAGCAGGGAAUAUUUUCAGUCACGUGUCCUCAUCCGGACAUAUUCCUUGUGGCCAGAAUUGAGAAGGUCCUCCAGGGGAGCAUCGCGCACUGUGCUGAGCCGUACAUGAAGAGCUCCGACUCCUCGAAGGUUGCCCAGAAGGUGCUGAAGAAUGCCAAACAGGCAUGCCAACGACUGGGACAAUACAGAAUGCCGUUCGCUUGGGCAGCGAGGACGUUGUUCAAGGAUACAUCUGGAAACCUGGACAAAAAUGCCAGAUUUUCUGCCAUCUAUCGGCAGGACAGCAACAAGCUUUCCAACGAUGACAUGCUCAAGCUACUUGCAGACUUCCGGAAACCCGAGAAGAUGGCCAAACUCCCAGUGAUUUUGGGCAAUCUAGACAUUACGAUUGACAAUGUCUCCUCUGACUGCCCGAAUUAUCUCAAUUCGUCGUACGUUCCCAUGAGGCAAUUCGAAACCUGUAGUAAAUCUCCGCUCACGUUUGAAGUGGAGGAGUUUGUGCCCUGCAUCCCCAAACACACCCAGCCUUACACCGUCUACAGCAAUCACCUUUACGUGUACCCGAAGUACUUGAAAUACGACAGUCAGAAGUCUUUCGCCAAGGCCAGAAAUAUUGCUAUUUGCAUUGAGUUUAAAGACUCUGAUGAAGAAGACUCUCAACCCCUGAAGUGCAUUUACGGCAGACCUGGGGGCCCCGUGUUCACAAGAAGUGCCCUGGCCGCAGUUCUGCACCAUCAACAAAACCCAGAAUUCUAUGACGAGAUCAAGAUAGAGUUGCCGACCCAGCUCCAUGAGAAACACCAUUUGCUCUUCACGUUCUUCCAUGUCAGCUGCGAUAACUCCACUAAAGGGAGCACAAAGAAGAAAGACGCGGUAGAAACGCAAGUCGGCUACUCCUGGCUUCCACUCCUGAAGGACGGAAGGGUGGUGACAAGUGAACAGCACGUCCCUGUCUCGGCUAAUCUUCCGUCCGGCUACCUUGGCUACCAGGAGCUCAGCAUGGGCAGGCAUUAUGGUCCAGAAAUUAAGUGGGUGGAAGGUGGCAAGCCUCUGCUGAAGGUCUCCACUCACCUCGUCUCCACGGUGUACACUCAGGAUCAGCAUCUACAUAAUUUCUUCCAGUACUGUCAGAAAACGGAAUCUGGAGCCCAAGCCUCAGGGAGCGAACUUGUAAAAUACCUUAAGAGCCUGCAUGCAAUGGAAGGCCAUGUGAUGAUCGCCUUCCUGCCCACCAUCCUAAACCAGCUGUUCCGAGUCCUCACCAGAGCCACCCAGGAGGAGGUUGCAGUGAAUGUGACUCGGGUCAUUAUUCAUGUGGUUGCCCAGUGCCAUGAGGAAGGAUUGGAGAGCCACUUGAGGUCAUAUGUUAAGUUUGCCUAUAAGGCCGAGCCGUACAUCGCAUCUGAAUAUAAGACGGUGCAUGAGGAGCUGACCAAAUCCAUGACCACCAUUCUCAAGCCUUCUGCCGACUUCCUCACCAGCAACAAACUUCUGAAGUACUCGUGGUUUUUCUUUGAUGUGCUGAUAAAAUCCAUGGCUCAGCAUCUGAUAGAAAACAACAAAGUUAAGUUACUACGAAACCAGAGGUUUCCAGCCUCCUACCAUCAUGCGGUGGAGACCGUGGUGAACAUGCUGAUGCCACACAUCACACAGAAGUUUCGAGAUAACCCGGAGGCAUCUAAGAAUGCCAAUCAUAGCCUAGCUGUGUUCAUCAAGAGAUGCUUCACCUUCAUGGACAGGGGCUUCGUCUUCAAGCAGAUCAACAACUACAUCAGCUGCUUUGCUCCUGGAGACCCGAAGACUCUCUUUGAGUACAAGUUUGAGUUUCUCCGCGUCGUGUGCAACCAUGAACACUAUAUUCCUUUGAACUUGCCGAUGCCGUUUGGAAAAGGCAGGAUUCAGAGAUACCAAGAUCUCCAGCUCGACUACUCCUUAACGGAUGAAUUCUGCAGAAACCACUUCUUGGUGGGAUUGUUGCUCAGGGAGGUGGGCACUGCCCUCCAGGAGUUCCGGGAGGUCCGCGUUAUUGCGGUCAGCAUGCUCAAGAACCUGCUGAUAAAGCAUUCCUUUGAUGACAGAUACGCUUCAAGGAGUCACCAGGCAAGGAUAGCCAGUCUCUACCUGCCUCUGUUCGGGCUGCUCAUCGAAAAUGUGCAGCGGAUCAACGUGAGGGACGUGUCGCCCUUCCCUGCGAACCCGGGCAAUAUUGUGAAGGAUGAGCCCCUUGCUGUGCCAGCCGGGAAUCCACUCAUGACGCCACAGAAGGGAAAUACCCUUGACCACAGCCUGCACAAAGACCUCCUGGGUGCCAUCUCCGGCAUUGCGUCUCCAUACACAGCCUCGACCCCCAACAUCAACAGUGUGAGGAACGCCGACUCAAGAGGUUCUCUCAUCAGCACAGACUCCGGGAACAGCCUUCCGGAAAGGAACCCCGAAAAGAGCAAUUCCCUGGAUAAGCACCAGCCGAGCGGCACGCUGGGAAAUCCCGUGGUUCGCUGUGACAAACUGGACCAGUCCGAGAUCAAGAGCCUGCUCAUGUGUUUCCUGUAUGUGCUGAAGAGCAUGUCUGAUGAUGCGCUGUUCACGUACUGGAACAAGGCUUCGACCGCCGAGCUGAUGGACUUCUUUACCAUAUCUGAGGUCUGCUUGCACCAGUUCCAGUACAUGGGGAAGCGCUACAUAGCCAGGAACCAGGAGGGGUUGGGACCUGUAGGUCAUGAUCGAAAGUCUCAGACAUUGCCUGUUUCCCGUAACAGAACAGGAAUGAUGCAUGCCAGAUUGCAGCAGCUGGGCAGCCUGGAUAACUCUGUCACUUUUAACCACAGCUAUGGCCACUCGGAGGCGGAUGUCCUGCACCAGUCGCUUCUUGAAGCCAACAUUGCUACAGAGGUUUGCCUCACCACUCUGGACACGCUCUCUCUGUUCACACUGGCUUUUAAGAACCAGCUCUUGGCUGACCAUGGACAUAAUCCUCUCAUGAAGAAAGUGUUUGACGUCUACCUGUGUUUCCUUCAAAAGCACCAGUCAGAAAUGGCUUUAAAAAAUGUCUUUACCGCCUUAAGGUCCUUGAUUUACAAGUUCCCCUCCACCUUCUACGAGGGGCGAGCGGACAUGUGUGCCUCGCUGUGCUACGAGGUGCUCAAGUGCUGUAACUCCAAGCUCGGCUCCAUCCGGACCGACGCGUCCCAGCUGCUCUACUUUCUGAUGAGGAACAACUUUGACUACACAGGGAAGAAGUCCUUUGUCCGGACACACUUACAGGUCAUCAUUUCUGUCAGCCAGCUGAUUGCAGACGUGGUUGGCAUUGGAGGGACCAGAUUCCAGCAGUCCUUGUCCAUCAUCAACAACUGUGCCAACAGCGACCGGCUCAUCAAGCACACCAGCUUCGCCUCUGAUGUAAAAGAUUUGACCAAGAGGAUCCGCACGGUCCUGAUGGCCACAGCGCAGAUGAAGGAGCAUGAGAACGACCCCGAGAUGCUGGUGGACCUCCAGUACAGCCUGGCCAAGUCCUACGCCAGUACCCCCGAGCUCAGAAAGACGUGGCUGGACAGCAUGGCAAGGAUCCAUGUGAAAAAUGGGGACCUUUCUGAGGCGGCCAUGUGCUACGUCCACGUAACAGCCUUGGUGGCGGAGUACCUCACGCGGAAAGGCAUGUUCAGACAGGGAUGUACUGCCUUCCGGGUCAUCACGCCAAACAUCGACGAAGAAGCUGCCAUGAUGGAAGACGUUGGGAUGCAGGAUGUCCAUUUCAAUGAGGAUGUACUGAUGGAGCUGCUGGAGCAGUGUGCAGACGGACUUUGGAAGGCCGAGCGCUACGAGCUGAUCGCCGACAUCUACAAGCUCAUCAUCCCCAUUUAUGAAAAGCGGAGGGAUUUCGAGAGACUAGCCCACCUGUAUGACACGCUGCACCGGGCGUACAGCAAAGUGACCGAGGUCAUGCACUCGGGCCGCAGGCUCCUGGGGACCUACUUCCGGGUGGCCUUCUUUGGACAGGCAGCGCAAUACCAGUUUACAGACAGUGCAACAGACGUGGAGGGUUUCUUUGAAGAUGAAGAUGGCAAGGAGUAUAUCUACAAAGAGCCCAAGCUCACGCCUCUGUCGGAGAUUUCCCAGAGGCUCCUUAAGCUUUACUCGGAUAAAUUUGGUUCGGAAAAUGUCAAAAUGAUACAGGAUUCUGGCAAGGUUAACCCAAAGGACCUGGAUUCCAAGUUUGCUUACAUCCAGGUGACCCACGUGACCCCGUUCUUUGACGAGAAGGAGUUACAGGAGAGGAGAACGGAGUUUGAGAGAUGCCACAACAUCCGGCGCUUCAUGUUCGAGAUGCCCUUCACCCAGACUGGAAAGAGGCAGGGCGGGGUGGAGGAGCAGUGCAAACGGCGCACCAUCCUGACAGCAAUACACUGCUUCCCCUACGUGAAGAAGAGGAUCCCCGUCAUGUACCAGCACCACACUGACCUGAACCCCAUUGAGGUGGCCAUCGACGAAAUGAGCAAGAAGGUGGCCGAGCUCCGCCAGCUGUGCUCCUCGGCGGAAGUAGACAUGAUCAAACUGCAGCUCAAACUCCAGGGCAGUGUGAGCGUUCAGGUCAACGCUGGUCCACUAGCGUAUGCCCGGGCCUUCCUGGACGACACCAACACGAAAAGAUACCCCGACAACAAGGUGAAGCUGCUGAAGGAAGUUUUCAGGCAAUUUGUGGAGGCCUGUGGUCAGGCUCUCGCAGUGAAUGAACGUCUGAUUAAAGAAGACCAGCUGGAGUACCAGGAGGAGAUGAAAGCCAACUACAGGGAAAUGGCCAAGGAGCUCUCUGACAUCAUGCGUGAGCAGCUGGGAUGAUCUGCCCCCUGGAGGAGAAGGCGAGCGUCCUGCCAAACUCCCUGCACAUCUUCAAUGCCAUCAGCGGGACGCCCACGGGCACAGUGGUUCAGGGGUUGACCAGCUCGUCCUCGAUCGCUUGAUUUUACCUCAGGAACCACGUGUGGGGACAUGCUUUGUCAUGUACAAACUCAGGAUGACUUCCAGAGCUAAUCACUGGCGUGGCCAAGCACAGGAGGAAGCCAUGGGGACCCGGAGAGACGGGGAGCCCGGACUGUGGUAUUCUGUAGCAGACUUUAUAGGAGUCAAGGGGGAGGUGCACAUAUUUUUUUAAAUCUCACUGGCAAUAUUUAGUUUUCCUCAUGUCUUAACAGGAGCGUGAGGUGGGCGGGUGCUCUUACGCUGCCCCUCCAGUUUAUCCUUUUUACAGCGUAGUAUUAAAUGACCUAAAGGAGAGGUGUUCUAGGAGCGUCCGUGGCGGACGCAGCGGCACUGAAACUGAGUCUGGGAACUAAGCUGGAGAAAUCUUGAAGAUAUUUUUUUCCUGUGGCACAUUCAGGUUGAGAACAAGAACUAUUUUUGUGUCUAGUUUUUGAUGACGGAAGGGGACUGGCGAUUGUAACUUUUGUACUGGCGAACGAGGAGACGUGGAGCCCUUUAUGUUCCUGCCUUGUGUUGGAACCGUGAGAGGUGGCGAAGCUGUACGUGAGCCCAAGCCUAGUGGAGCAGCGUAGCACCAAAGGCCCGUGCUAACAAACACGCUACGCUAAACCCUGAAGCCCAGUGUACAGACGGUUUGUUAAUGCAGCCUCCUCGCUGUGUUUCUACAUUUUUAAUAGAUCCGCUUCCACGGUGUUCAUCUGUGACCCAUCCGCGCUGUUCUCGGUAUAUGCAAAUACAUUGUACUUUACUGUUUUACCCUUGUACAUAAGACGUGCAAUAUGGAGAUGUAUACAGUCUUUGCUGUGUUUAUAAACUGGUAAAAAAAAGUUUUCAUCCUUUUGCCAAAAUGGUGGAGUAUGCGAUUGGUAAACCCUAAAUCCUGUGGCGAGUUGGGGGAUAAUUUAAAGUUUUCACCAUGUUAUAUUUUCUUUUAAGACUUUAAUUUAGUAAUUUUAUAUUUGGAAAAAAAAAUAAAGGUUUUUAAUUUAACUGGAACCACUGCCCUGCUGUAAUUAAACGUCCUGUACCCCAACUGUAUUAAAAAUAACCUUGCUGGUUUUCUGGUAAUAAA